UCUCAAGCCCGAACGUCGCUCCUCCGUUCCGCCGAACGGUACGCCACGGCUGCUAACCGUCGUCGCUCCCAGGCACCCACUUACCAGGUUGGACAGAAAGUGUGGUUGUCCACUAGAGAUCUUCCCCUACGAGUGGAGUCUAAGAAAUUGGCACCUCGAUUCAUCGGGCCAUUCCCCAUACGGAGUAUCAUCAACCCGGCAGCAGUAAGACUACAGCUUCCCCAGACUAUGCGAUGUCAUCCCACCUUUCACGUGUCCAAAAUUAAACCUGUACAAGAAAGUCCUCUGGUCCCGGCUGCCCCUCCUCCUCCUCUCCCUCGACUCAUCGGUGGAGGCCUCACGUACUCGGUCCGUCGCCUCAUCAGGUCCCGAAAGCGAGGGAGGGGAAUUCAAUACCUGGUUGACUGGGAGGGGUAUGGCCCGGAGGAAAGAUCCUGGGUUCCUGCUCGCCACAUCCUAGACCCUCAGCUUAUCCUGGAGUUCCACCAGCAGCAUCCCCAGCAACCAUCUCAGUCCCCAGGGGAUCCGAGGGAUCCUGGGGAUAAGUUGUCCUCGGCUCCUCCCCUUGAUCUUCCUGACGAGGGGGAAUCAUUGUCAGACGGGGAGGAGACAGCUAGGGAGGACCAAGGAUCCCUCCACCGAACCCCCUCCACCCGCCCAGCUGAAAGAAUGGAUUGGUCAGCUUCUGACGAAUAUUAG